AGGUUGUGUGAGGUGACUUUGCGGGGUUGUCGGUGUGAAGACAUGGCCGCUGUCUCUCCGCUGCGGGCUUUCCGGCGUGUGGUGAGCGGAGUAACGCGGCGACACUGGGGCUCUUUCCGCAGGAGCGCAAACACUGCUCGGAACACUACGUUUCUCCUCACUUUACCUCCACUAUCUUAUCUGGGAUAUGAAACCCUCAGGAGAGUAUCUUGUGCAACUGCAGUGUUUGCACUUGACAAAGCCGAUGAAGUCGUAGAACAAGCCGACUACUUAUACAGCUGCGGAGAAACCGAGAAACUUUACAAGCUCCUGCUACAGUAUAAGGACAGCGACGAUGCGGAGUUUCUGUGGAGACUGGCUCGAGCUUCACGCGACCUCACUUUGCUGAACAACAUGACCGCUGACCAGAAGAAAAAACUCACCUAUGAGGCAUUUGACUACGCCAAAAAAGCUCUGGAGAAAAACGAAGCCUGCUUUGCUGCACACAAAUGGUAUGCUGUUUGCUUAAGUGAUGUAGGAGACUAUGAAGGGAUCAAAGUUAAAAUUGGAAAUUCCUUCAUCAUUAAGGAGCAUUUGGAGAGGGCUAUUGAGCUUAAUCCAAAAGAUGCCACUUCUUUCCACAUCCUGGGUUAUUGGUGUUUUGCCUUUGCUGAAUUGCCAUGGUACCAGCGUAAAGUUGCAGCGGUUCUAUUCGCAUCACCACCAACUGCUACCUAUGAAGAGGCCUUGGAGUUUUUUCUGAGAGCUGAGGAAGUGGACCCAAACUUCUAUAGCAAGAAUCUUUUGAUGCUUGGAAAGACCUACAUGAUGCUCAAGGACCAGGAGAAAGCACUUCUAUGGCUUAACAAAGCCCAAGAUUAUCCUGCCAUUACAGAAGAGGACAAACAGGUUCACAAAGAAGCACGUGACCUGCUCAAGAAGCUGAACUGCUGACGGAUGGAUCCAUCCAUUUCAACAACAAAAACUUUUCGUUUAUUUCAAUUCCAAUAGCCUUAACAGGGAACACGUAACCUUUUGAUUAUUGUCUUGGGUUUAAAACGAGCUUUUAUUAUAGACAUAAUAACAAAGUACUAAUGAUUUGAAUUACACUGAGUGUAAUGUGACCAAUCCUGUCUGCCUAAACUAUUACUCAUAGCAUUUGGAAGUCAAGUUUAGAAAAACAGAUUUAUUAAAUAUGGUUCUCUAGAAUAAAAAUAUUCCCUCUGCA